CCGCUGUGGGCCGGGAGUUCAGGGCGCCCCUCCUCCCGAGGCGAUCCGGACCCUCUGCCCCCGAAACCCAGCAGGGCCCAGGCAUUGUUCUCCGCCCGGAGCCGGGCUGGGAGUUUGCCGGCCCUUCCCACAGAGGGGACCCGGGUCCUCGCCCCCAGGACCCCUUAUUGUUCCUCACUCUCCAGGCUGGGAGCCCAGCGUCGGGGUUCCCCGGGAGGUGAUCCAGGAACCCAGGAGGGACCUGGGCGUUGUCCCCCCACCUUCCAACCUGGGGCUCUGGGUAGAGGGGGUGAUCCAGGAACUCUGCACCCCACUUGUUUACCCACCCCCAGCUAUGGGUUAUGGCCAGGAUGUCUCCCUCCCCAGGAGAGGUCCCCCCAAUACCCAGCCAUGGGUGGGUAGCUAAGGCAUCACCUCCCACCAGGCCAUCCCGAGCUCCCCCUGCUCCCAGCAGGGUCCCUGCUGUUGUUUCUCCACCCCUUUCCCUACCGCCAGCCUGGAAUUCAGGGUCUUUCCUCCACGAAGGGACAGCAGUGUCCUGACACACGUCCCCACACCCCAGCCAUACCGCCGGGCACUCACUCGGGAGUCUCCUCCUCCUGGGAGUUGGCUCAGGGGUCCCCCAGUCACCCAGAGGGGCCACGGGUAUUGUUUCUGCCCAGCCCCCAGCUAGGGGUUAGAAUUCAGAAUCUUCUAUCCAGUUGGGCAACAGGUACCCCGACUUUGGGAUCCAUGGUCUCCCCCCACCCCACGGGCCCCACAUGUUACUCCCCACCUGCCAGCUGUAGGAACUGGCAUUCGGGAACACAGGUGUUCCGGAACUGUGAGGCGGUCUCUUCCCCAGGAAGUGAGCCAGGUCCCCUGCACUCCCCCAAGACCCCCAGAGCACUACCAGAUGUUGUUUGCCGCCCCCCUUCAUCCCCCAGAUACAGGCUUCUAAGUUCAGGAUGCUUUCUCUCUAGUACUUGAGCCAGAGGUCCCCCACUCCACCAGAAACUCCCAAAUAUGCCACCUCCGACUGUGGGACAAGAAUUCAGGCCGUGUACUUAGAAGCAAGCACAGGAUCCCGGACACCCACCCUCUUCCCCACCAGGGGUAGGAACCCAGGACUCUCUCUCUACAGGACCCAAGCUUCCCGCAGAGGAGGAGUCCAGGAUGGAGAGAGGGGCCGAGCCAUGGAGUUGGGCACUGGAGACCUCUAGUGCCAGAUCCCAUGACUUCCAUCCAGAUCCUGCCCUGGAAGCAGCUGGCACCUCCACAGCUGGGAUGCGGCGCUCGGUGCUGGUCCGGAACCCGGGCCACAAAGGCCCGAGGCCUGCUUACGAAGAGCUUGGCUCAGACUCAGAAGACCCGGACCCCAGCCCCGAAGACCCAGAGCCCGACCUGGAGGACCUCAACUCUGUCUCUGAAGACGUGGACCCCGGCUAUGAAGAGCUAGAGCCCGUCUCUGAUGAUCUGGACCCUGACGCGGGAACUCCAGGCUCCAUCUUGGGGACCGGUGCCAUGGAUCCCCAAGAUCUCGACCCCAUGUCUUCAAGUUUUGAUCUCGAUCCAGACGUCAUUGGCCCUGUGCCCCUGGUUCUUGACCCUAACAGCGACACCCUCAGUCCCCCAGAAGCCCCAGACCUGGACCCCCUCUCCUCCAGCCUUACUGCCACCCCGGAAGGCCUGGCCACCAGCCCGGCGGUGAUCCCGGCACCCGCCAGCCCGCCCCGGCCCUUCUCCUGCCCCGAUUGUGGGCGAGCCUUCCGGCGCAGCUCGGGGCUGAGCCAGCACCGCCGCACCCACAGCGGCGAGAAGCCCUACCGCUGCCCCGACUGCGGCAAAUCGUUCAGCCACGGCGCCACGCUGGCCCAGCACCGGGGCAUCCACACGGGCGCGCGGCCCUACCAGUGCGCAGCGUGCGGCAAGGCCUUCGGCUGGCGCUCCACGCUGCUCAAGCACCGCAGCAGCCACAGCGGCGAGAAGCCGCACCACUGCCCCGUGUGCGGCAAGGCCUUCGGGCACGGCUCGCUGCUGGCGCAGCACCUGCGCACGCACGGAGGCCCGCGGCCGCACAAGUGCCCGGUGUGCGCCAAGGGCUUCGGGCAGGGCUCGGCGCUGCUGAAGCACCUCCGCACGCACACGGGCGAGCGGCCCUACCCGUGCCCUCAGUGCGGCAAGGCCUUCGGGCAGAGCUCCGCGCUGCUGCAGCACCAGCGCACGCACACGGCCGAGCGCCCCUACCGCUGUCCCCACUGCGGCAAGGCGUUUGGCCAGAGCUCCAACCUGCAGCAUCACCUGCGCAUCCACACUGGCGAGCGGCCUUACGCCUGUCCCCACUGCUCCAAGGCCUUCGGGCAGAGCUCCGCGCUGCUGCAGCACUUGCACGUGCAUUCCGGAGAGCGCCCCUACCGCUGCCAGCUCUGCGGCAAGGCCUUCGGCCAAGCUUCCAGCCUCACCAAGCACAAGAGGGUGCACGAGGGCACAGCUGCGGCAGCCGCGGCAGCCACAGCUGCUGCCACUGGCCUGGGCCUUAGCCCUGCUUCGAUGUUGCGGCCUGGGCAGGUCUCCCUCCCGGGUCCUGAUGCUGCCCCUGUGCUUGGUUCUGGCACGGACCCAUGCUCUGUGCUGGGCUCCCUCCCCAAUCCCAGCCCCAAACCUGGCCCUGGCUCUGAAUCUGCCCUCACCCCUGAUCCUGUCAAGUCCUCUGACGCUAAGCCUGGUCAUGAUGCCAAUCCUGACCUUGUGGCCAGCCCUGGCCACGGAUCUGGUCACAGCUCGGACCCAGAUCCUGUGCCCAGCCCCAACCCCAACCCCAACCCUGAGUCCCGCCCUGACCCCAGCCCUCCCACCCACGACAGCUCAGCCCUCCCUACCUGUGAGAAUCCCGAAAGGGUGCAGGAGCGAGGGGCACUGCUGGGGCCUGAUGGCUGAAAGGGGUGCCAUUACCCAUGGAGGCCUGGAGAAGUUGUGUGUUGUGCAGUUAGUAAAAUCUUCCCACUGCCUGCUCGCUCUGUUUCAUGGUUCUCCGGUUUUUUUCCCUUAAUGCAUAGCUCCUCGAAACGGAAGGUGUGGCCUGAGCCAGCCAUACAUCCGGAAUCCUAAUGUUCUGGCUCCCCCCUGACAUCCUCCAAGCUUCCCAGCGUCCCCCAUCCGAGCAGUUACCACUCUGCUCCCCCAGACCUGGUCACCGGUCGGAGAGCAUCCUUCCCUUUGGUUUAUCUGAUGGUGGGGGCCGGUGUGCUGAAGUUAGGGGGCUGAUAAUGGAGGCAGAUAAGAAGCCAUGGGCAGUCCUGCCUUGUCUGUUCCCCUAACUUACCCCUUGCCCCUCGAAGUCCACACUAUAGGUUCACCACUGGACAAAGGCUGCUCAUGUAUGCAUUCAAUAAACAUCUAUUGAGCUCA